AUGGAUCGGUAUCUCACCGUCUUCUCCUUGAAGCCCAAGGAUGGUUCGACGGCGGACUCGGCAGUGCAGGACUUCAGCGUGAAGGACCUGACGCGAAUCUACAAAGGGCCGGAGCUCCUCAUGAACGCGCCAUCUCUAGGUGUUUUGGCCCAGCACUGCGUUGCACUGGACACCACGCGGGCAGAUCGAAGGGUAAUCUUCGUCUUCGAUGAGCCCUUGGAACGGGACAAGUUUUACACCUGCCUGAAGAUUCUGCGGAUGUCAGCGGUCGGUGGCACCGGCCGUGUGGGCGGAAGCACCGCUCGAUGGCUCAGAAAGCUGGCGGAGGAAGAGAAACUGGAGGAUUUUGAGCUGGCGGUCGCCGGGCGCAGCCGCGAAAACUAUGCGCAGUUCGCUCAGCGAUGGCCAGGGGAGGAGUGCGGCGCGGCGCCGCAAUUCGUAGAAAUCGACCACACCAACCGGGACUCGAUUCGAGAGGUGCUAAACGCCAGAGACUGGGACCUUCUGGUGCACACCGCUGGGCCCUUUCAGGGCAUCCAGCGGCCGCUCCUUUUGGAAGAGGCGUUAAAGUCCGGGACGCCUUAUGUGGAUGUCUGUGAUGACACCGAGCUUUGCAAGACAGCCAAAGAGCUCUGCCCCGAGCUGGAAGAGGCGAAAGUCCCCGCGGUGGUGUCUGCUGGAAUUUGGCCGGGAGUUUCGGCCCUGAUGGUGUGCGAGGCUGUCGAACGACUUGGUGGCAGCGCGGAGGAUGUUGAGAUGUGUUUCUAUACGGCGGGAACCGGUGGGGCGGGUCCGACGAUCGUCAGCGCCACGUUUUUGCUUCUGGCAGAGCCGCCGCUCAACUUCAAGGAUGGGCGCGAAGUCCGUGCCGAGCCUUGGGGCAACCGGCGGCUCGUCGACUUCGGUCGGAAUGUAGGGAGGCAGCACGUCCACCUUCUGGACGAGCCUGAGGUCUACACCUGCCACCGCUGCUUGGGCAUCCCCAACAUCACUUCCAGCUUCGGCACGGCGCCUGAUGUGUGGAACCUGAUGUUCGGUGCCGUGCGGAUCCUUCCGAAGUCGGUUCUCGGGAACCGUGGCCUCAUGCAGGGAGUGGCGAACUUCUCGAUGCCCAUCAUCUCGGCCGUCGACAGGUUGGUGGGGGCCACGAAUGCGAUGCGCGUGGACGCUCGAAGCGAGACGGGCGAGGCCGUGACGUUGCGAAUCACGCACUCGGACUUGGAGGACUGCGUGGGUUUGGCAACGGCUGCUUUCGGCUUGGAGGUGCUCCAGGGCCAGGUGCCGCCAGGUGCUUGGUUCCCUGCCGAGAUGGCUGCGAACCGCGCCAGAAUUUUCCAAAGGGUCCGGCACGGAAGCAUCAACUGGGAGAUGUGA